UUUAACAUCACUCAAGAACUCAACGUGAAUAUAGGAAGGGUGUAUAUUUUCUACUUCCCUAUCUGCAUCUUUUGUUUCGUAAUAUACAUAUAUAAAGUUAUUAUUACACUCGAUUUCUUAUCUGAAAUGAGUCGCAAGUCAUGUAAAGGUGCGCGAAUUAUAAUUUCGUGAGAGAGGUUAUCCACCACGUGGAGAUAUUGUUGAUUAUUUUAAUGUAUACUACGAUUUUAAUAACAGAAUGUCUCACGAAAAGCCUUGUCGUGCGUGCAUGGAUUUUAAAUCGUGGGCAAAAAGUCAAAAAAAGACUUUUGAAUCCGAAAAGGAAUCUGAGAAAACGGAGAAGAAAAAUUCACCUGUAAAUAAUGUUAAACGCGACGAUUGUCCAUUAGAUAAAGAUGAAUUAGGUUCAAGAACAUGGUCAUUUUUACAUACCAUGGCAGCAUAUUAUCCUGACAAUCCGACUGAUGAACAAAAAUCGGAUAUGACAAGGUUUUUUCACAUAUUUUCAAAGUUUUAUCCUUGUUCUGUUUGUGCAGAAGAUUUACAGGAGCAAUUAAAAAGAACUCCACCGCAAAUUAAUUCACAGUCACAAUUGAGCCAGUGGCUUUGCAUAAUACAUAACGAAGUGAACAAAAAACUUGGGAAACCUGAGUUUGAUUGUAAAUUAGUUAACCAGAGGUGGAGAGAUGGUUGGAAAGAUAGUUCCUGUGACUAAUGAUUAUUAGUUAUAAUUGUAAUUGUGUAACAAAAUCUAUAUGUGAUGUAAAAAUCAUUAUGUAAGUUGAUUAUUGUAAAUACUUUUGUAAAAAAAUAUCAAAUUAGUUGAAAAUAUUAA